AUGUCUUCUUUCUAUGCAGAUAUCAUCAAAUUGUUCGAUUUUGAGCUUUAUUGGGAUGUCAUAGCAUUGUAUGAGCUAUCUUAUUCUGGACAACUUUUGAAUAGUGUUGAAGAAGCAAAUGUAGUUUCAAUGGUGGCUGAAUCUUACUACCAACUUGAUAAUUUUAACAAGAGUCAAGAAAUUUUUUAUCGGGCGAUUACUCUAACGAAAACACUAACAAGAUCACAAAUAAGAGAUGUGAAAUUUACUGAAGCCGAAUUAAAAUUUCGACUGCAUCGUUGCUUAUUGAAGCAGGACAAGCGAGAGGAGGCAAUGGGAGUAUUGGGUAGUAUUGCUGAAAAUGAAAUGACACCGAAAGCCAUAUCAGCUUUGGCUCGAUUGCAUCAUGUACCUUCAAAUGAUUACACAUGUCGUGAUAAAGUGAAAACUGUAGGAAAUGCUAUGAUAUAUCAUAAGAAAGUUGUUGAUUUGUGUCCUGAAGCAAUUGAUUCGUUAUCGUGCAUCGUAAGAUAUGGGUGGAAGGAAAGGGUAAACAUUUGCCAUCAGAAUCCCAUUGUUCAAAUUUGGUUAAAGGCACAAGCAGCUAUUGCCGAACAACGGCACUAUGAAGCAAUUGCUCUUCUUUCCAGUUUACCUCCCGUAAAUUUAAAAAUAAUCACCGAACUUGGUAGAUUACAUUAUACUGUAGGGGAAAAUCAGAAGGCAGCUUUGUAUUUACGACGGGUGCAUCAUUUAGAUCCAAGCACUUCUUAUUCUAUGGAUAUAUUAGCAUUUAUUUUAGCCCAGGAAAGAAAUUACAAAGACUUAGAAAACUUAGCAGGUACUCUAAUGGAUGCACAAGAAUCUCCUGAAGCUUGGGUAGCGUAUGCUUUUCUUGCAAAGUGUCAAAAAAAGUACGAUAAGGCACUGCAUUUUGCACAGAAGGCCUGUCAGUUGUCAAAAUGGCAUAUUCAUCCUAUGGCUGUAUUACUAAAGGCACAUAUCUUGAUGGAUAGGAAAAAAUUUGAUGAAGCUGUAGCAAAUUUGCGUGAUGCUUUAGUUAUUCAUCCUGCUAACUAUGCUCUUUAUGAAGCUCUUGUUCAAGCAUUCAUUCUUCAAGAUAAAACUCAGGAGGCACGAAUUGUUGCUUGCACUUGUCGGCACAUUCUAGGCCAAGAAAAUGCUCGAACAUUGUAUCUUUGUGCUACAUUAGCUGCUAAAGAAGAAGCCACAGUGAAAGAUGCACAGAAACUUUUGGAAAAGGCCAUAGCUAUUUCACCUCAUCAAUUAGAUGCUGUAUUUCUUCUUGUAACUUUGUAUGAUAAAACACAGAAUUAUGACAAAGCAAUCGCACUUUUGAAGAAACAAGCCGAAACAACAGUAAACAGUCGCCUUCAUCAUUUACUUGGCGAUUUUUUAUCCAAGACAAAUCGACCAGUGGAUGCUUGCCAUCGAUACAGAUUAGCAGUUGAUGGUGAUGCGAGUUCAGCUCAGGCAAUGGAUGCAUUAGAAGGAAUGCUUGGCAUGAGUACUCCGGAGUCGUCAUCAUCUGUCGCUUGCCCUGGAGCACCUCGACGUAGAGGAGGUUUUCAGGGAUGCCAUAAUGACCAGAUGUCAGUUAUGGAACGAAACGUUUAA